GAAGUUUAUACAGGGCAGUAGUGAAUUAUCGAAAUUGAAUUGAAGCAAAGGACACUAAGCGAAAAUCCUAAGCUAAAAAAACGAUAAUGAAGGUAGAGCUCACACUUCAGUUUCUGGAUGAGUGGAUGCUCCGGUGGCAUAAGUUUCAGACAGAAUCUGAUUGGCGUAUCGAAAAGGAUCGUCAAUGGUGGCGCAAAACUAACAUUUUCAUUACUGGUGUGCUGGCGGGAGGGCUUACGCUCUACACUUCCGGCAACGCUACGCUUAAGCGGCAGUUUGGACCUCCGCACCUCCUUGACAUUGGCGUUGAUGCUAAAAUCAAGCAAUACAUCUAUGACACGUUGAUGCUUCGUCCGCGCUACACCCCGACAGGGUAUGGCCGUUUAUUGGUGAUGGGUGUUCCAAUAUACUUGACCUUUGUAAGCCUUGAGCACGUUCAGGAGCGUCGGCGUCUACGCCGAUACCUCGAUCAGAAGACCGUCUUUGGUGAGCAGGCGCGUCGCUUGGUGAAUACCUCGAAGAUUGAGGAAUUUUUGCCAGUGAACAUUAAGGCGAGUCUUCCGCAAAGUGAGGCGAAGAUAUAUAGUUGAAAAGUUAAUAGGGCAUGAACAGAAGAGCAUUAUUAGUGGAUGACUAGUAGGAUUAAUGUGGCAUUAUGAUACUGAUUGUUAUUUGUUCGUUGCUAUUGUAGUGGUAUCUUUUUGUUAUAUAUAUUUAGAUAGUUUUGUUUGUAACUAAAUUUUGCUCUCAGAUCCACAAGUGUUGGAGAAAAAGGUUUUUCUAUCGACAUCAACCGAAGUUGCUAGGAUAGCGAUCUGAUUCACUAGUUUAGUUUAUUUCCAUUGCCGCUCGUAUCUGAGUUCAUCUUAUCUA